CCCUGCCAACUCGAGCAACAAAAGCAGGUCAGGAGUUAUUCGGUUCCAACACGUGCGGGCGGUUGUUGAUUUCUGGUAAAUUAUUUAUUUAAAAAGCGAGAAACAUGCCGAAACCGAAGCGUGAUGAGCCGCUGCUGUACAUGGAGGAGUACCGUGUCAAACAGGAUCCGCAGGACUACGGCCUGGCGGAUGAGGUGUUUACCAUGGAGGUGUUCAAAAAGAAAAUGCAAAUCUCCAUUGUAAAGAACGACGAAGAUGGCCUGGAGUUUGACCUGAUUGGAGUGUACCCCGCCAUAGCCAACGCCUUCCGCCGUCUGAUGCUGAGCGAAGUGCCCAGCAUGGCCAUCGAGAAGGUGUACAUCUACAACAACACCUCGAUCAUCCAGGAUGAGGUCUUGGCCCAUCGGAUGGGCCUGCUGCCGCUGCGAGCUGAUCCCCGUCUGUUCGCUUAUCGCACGGAGGAGAGCCCCGAGGCUGGCACCGAACAGGACACGCUGGAAUUCGAGCUAAAGGUCAAGUGCAGCCGCCGUCGGGACGCCGGAAAGGAUCAGUCGAACUUUGAUGAUAUCUACAAAAACCACAAGGUCUACUCGGGCCACUUGAAGUGGCUGCCCAAGGGCAAGCAGGCGCAGAUCUACAGCGAAAGCACCGUGGGCUGCAUCCAUGAAGACAUUCUGAUUGCCCAAUUGCGACCGGGUCACGAGCUGGAUCUGCGUUUGGUGGCUGUCAAGGGGCUGGGCCGAGAUCAUGCCAAGUUCUCGCCGGUGGCCACGGCCACGUACCGAUUGCUGCCGCAGAUCAAGCUCAAUCGCGAGGUCUCCGGCAAGGAUGCAUAUCUGCUACAGAGCUGUUUCUCGCCCGGCGUGAUUGGGAUCAACGAGAACGAGUGCGCCUACGUGAAGGAUGCGCGCUACGACACCUGCAGCCGGAAUGUGUAUCGUUAUCCGCAGCUGAAUGAUGCCGUAACCUUGGCGAGAGUGCGCGACCACUACAUCUUUACGGUGGAGUCCGUGGGUGCGCUGAAACCCGAGGUUAUCUUCCUGGAGGCCGUCAAGGUGCUAAAGAAGAAGUGUCGCGCGUUUAUUAACGAAAUUGAUGCGAAAUAGAUGUUUAUUUAGUCAUAUAAACUUAUUUUAUGUACAUAAGGGAAUUAAACGUUAUAUAUAUAAUAA